UCGAUUCCUUGACUUGCUAUAUUCACAGCAAAAAAUAGGAAAAAUGCUAAGACGCGCUUUCGUAAACCUUGGAUUUAACUCACCGAGUGAGGCAGAGAAAGCCUUGAAAAAGUCAAAUCGUAAAGAUGACAGUACCCGGGCACAGAAGGGAAGACUGUUGAAUCGCUCCCAAAUGGAGAAGAUUCGCGCACUUCCUCCGCCUGGAGAGGUCAAGAGACAGGAAGUUCUCGACGCCACGCCUGCUCUACCACCAGCAAGCGCCCAAAGAACUAUGGGGCUUCCCUCUCAGGCGGCCACUGCAGAAGACAAUAGAAGGCUCGGUGUCCAAGUGCUCAGAGUUGUUAAGGGCGGGGUGGCCCCCACAGGGCUCCCGCGACCCACGGGCAAAUCCCGAUUUUCUUUUGCGAGGAAAAAGGCAAAGGCCACAGACGCCAAAUCAACUCUCCCAGACAUCAGAGAUACUAACGACAAUGCUCUCGUGAACAUGCGUACGACGGACUUACCCAAUGUCCGUGAUCUCUACACGAACAAGAAAGACAACGCGGUUCCUGUAGCAAGCGAGGGCGCAAGUGCGACCACACCCAUCACCGGGUCGCACCAGGCUAUGACCGCCAUGCAAAGCGAGGAGGAGCCUGGGGCUUCUAUGGGGCACAGGACAGAACGCCAGAAAGCCAAAGAGCUGAAGCAAAUGAAAAGAGCAGGUUUAACCCCCCUUAGACCCCCACCCCACCGAAACACCAUGGAGGACGAUGCUGAUCACAAGGCUCGGAUGAACAAGCUGAAGAGAGCUCGUAUUCGCCUUGCCAAGAACAGGGUCAACCCUGAGGUGAGCAAGCCUUUUCUGAAGUCACUACCAGAUGCAACUCCAGGGGCGGUUUGGUGCGAAAACUACGCGGUUCUACCUCCAAUUGAAUCUGCUCCACCCAGAACGGGAAUAUACUCCCGCCAUCUCCAGUCCACCCCUCCUCAGGCCAACACUCACCGGGGUACCCUCGGGUACAACACAAGUAUCACACACGACCUCGUGAUUAAAGACGUGGAGACCGAUGAGUAAUGGUCAUAGGGUUCAAUAUGCGAGAUACACCGUGCGUGCUCCACUCAA